AGGAAGCAAAUUCUGUACACAAUACUACUACAUCUACUUCGUCCAGAAUUUAUUUACCAUGGACUAUAUCAUCAAAAAUGCAUCAAAUAAUCUACAAAUUUGAAAAUGAAAUCUUAUGCCAAUUUCCAUGU